AUGACCGAAAUUUUUUAUGCUAGAUCUUUAUAUGUACAGUUUGAAUUACCAAGUUAUCUGUUACCCAAGAAAAAUCCAAUACCUUCUUACUGUUUGGUGAUCAACAGUAUGGGAAAUAUAUGUAAUUUUCUCUGUCCUCCAAAUGUUAACAGAUGUUAUUCAACCUCCGCAUUAGAUGCUUCAAUUCAUGAUUCAGACGUAAAACUUUUAUGUGAAAAUGAAGCCGUACCUAUAUCAGUGGAAAACAUUAAUGACAGUGAUGAACAUGUCACAAGUGUUGUACAUAAAGAAUCAGUUUCAAAGCACAAAGAGAAAUCAAAUAACAGUACUCCUGGUCAGCUCAAGUCUAUAUCUUCUUCGCUGCAAGGUCCGAAAGUAAUAAAAGAGUAUGUAAAAUUUCCUUUUCUUACGGAUGACGAGAUGGGAAAUUGGAUUAUUAAGUCUCGGUUCAUGUUUAUAUUACGCGGACCACCUGGUUCGGGGAAAUCUUUUGUGUCGGAGUGCAUCCGAAUUCGUUUUCCCAUGGCUAAGAUCUUUUCUGCAGAUGAUUUCUUUUAUUUAGAAUCGAACGGCUAUGAGUACCAAUUUGACACCAGUCGAUUGAGUGAAGCUCACGAGUGGUGUCAUAAUAAUGCUUAUAAUGCUGCUUGUUCUGGGUACAGCCCAAUAGUUAUUGACAACACAAACACAAGAAGUUGGGAAACACGUUAUUACACAGAUAUGGCUCGUCGUUUUCACUACUUUGUAAUCAUGGUCAUCCCACAAACACCAUGGCGAUUUGAUGCGGAAACUUUAACUAUGCGUAAUGUACAUUUUGUCAGUUUAGAGACCAUUGAAGCUAAAGUCCGGAAUUUCGAACAUAUCUAUCCAUUGUAUUAUGGUUGGUUUUGGUCGGCACCACCGAGUGAAACAUAUUCAAAACUUGACAUCUCAGAUACUUCACGAGACAUAGUUAGUAGACCAGGUAAACGGCGUAAAAGCUCUAUUCACUCAAACCCAUUUAUGGAAUUGAAUCGGUUGCUUAAAUGGGGAUGGGAUGCUCUUAAUACUAUUAUAGAAUUACCCGGAGUACAUCAUGAAUUAAUAAGUGCUUUCGGUCUGCCCCAAGAUGCAACUGUACAAGAUGUAAUAACUCAUUGGGAAUCCGCUACAAUACCUGACUUCGGGACUGGUUUGAAAACUUGCAACACACCUAGUAUUCCUCAUGUAACAGCUAAAUUUGCCGGAUGUGGUCGAGCCUUCGGUGCAGAACAUUAUGCUCUACGUAGAUCUGUGAAUGAAACUUUACUGGGAAAAUUAUUCACAGUACAAAUUAUCGGCUUAGUGAUCACUCCACGUACAAUAGGUGCUAGGGUUAAACUUCCAAAUGAUGAGGUCAUUCGACAUCUCUGGGCUGCCGACGAUCAAGAAGUUGUAUUCCCAGAUAAUAUUGGUAUAAUGCCUGUGAAUCGUCCAACUGGUUGUCGUGCUCAUGUUACAAUGGCUUUAGCAACUGGUGUAUCCCCAGCAGAAACAGGUCUUGAUUUACUACGUGUUGUAGACAUGGAGUUGAACAAUCGGCCAGGCGAUCAUGUAGCAAUUAUUAAAAAUGGUUCUGUUCGUCGACUUAUCAUUCCAAAAUUACAUUGUAAUACUUCACCUGAACGCUGUUUAGUAAAGGUACCAAAUAAAUUAAACUAUCAUCCACGUAAUAAUAAUAACUUUUACGUUAAUGGUAUCUCAUCAGUUCCGCUCUCAGAUUGUGAGACUAUUUAUGUGUACGAUCUUGAUUUUCCUCAUCACUACCGUGUUACUUUUGCUGCUUCUUAUUGA